UGUACAAGAUCCUGGACAAGAAAAUGUACAUGUUCUUGUACAUAUUUUUUUGUGCAGGUUUCAUAUACAUUUUCUUGUACCAGAUGUGGAACAUAUUCUUGUACAUGUUCAUUUCUGUCUUUUAAAUUGAAAAUUAAAAACUUUAAAUGCUGCGCAGUAGUUUUCAGUAGUUCAUGUAAAAAUACUUGUACAUAAAACCUGCACAAAAAUUGUACAAGUAUAUUUUCUUAUUCAGGAUCUUGUACAAGUUCUGGUACAAGAACAUGUCUCAAUUCCGGAUGCUGAACUUGUUCAAGAACAUUACUUGAACAUGUACAAGAAAAUGUACAAGUUCAUUAAUGAACAUGUACAAGAACUUGUACAAGUUUUUUCUACCGGGAACAUUAAGAUUAGUUUUGACCAAGAUCUCCUCCCCCCUAAAUUGGUAAUAUAAUUUUCAAAUGACUUCUUUCCAUUACCUAUAUUGUAGUUUUCAAUAUAUAAAAAUAUAACAGAAUAAAAAUAAUUUCAAUUUUUCUUUGAUUAAAAUAUUUAAUAUACUUGAAACUAAAAUAAUGUAAUCAUAAUUUUCUUUGACAUUAUCCAACAUAGCAUUAAAUAACAUUCAAAGCAUUAAUAUUUCUCCCUAUGUUUUAUGUUAUAUAUUGCCUUAUUUCGUAUAUAUAAAAAGAAUAUAAAUUACUUUAAGAGUAGUAUAUUUGAAGCUUUAAUAACAGUCUGCUUUUGUCAUUCGUAUAAGGUCGCUGUACAAAAAAUGAAGUUAAUAAGUCUCUUUAUUGUGAGUUUUAUUUUUUUGGUAGAAAUCCUAGACAUAUCAUCAACAAGUAAUUAUUUUGAUGGAUUGAUAAAGUAUUUAAAAGAAGAAUCAAAGUUGCAUCAGGUAGUGUUUAUUUUUGAAGAUAAAGAAGAAAAUACUGAUCCAAUAAUGAAUUCUCUUAUGACAACAGUCAAUUCGCAUUUUCCAUCUUUGAGCAUUAGUUACAGUCAACUAUAUAACAAAAUUAAAAAGCCACACUUAAAGUUUCUUAUGCGACCCAGACAUCCCUAUUGAAAAAAAACACGUAUAAUUUGGAUUAACGUAGAAACUCUACUUCACUUCCAUAAAUUAUUUUAUGCAAGGCAGAAUUUAUUACAUUAUUCAUCAAAACCAAAAUGUUUAGUUGUAAACUCUAAAUUUUCAACUCAUCAUUAUAUCAAGAGAACUCUGCAUUUAUUUUGGAAAGAGAAAUUUUUAGACAUUACUUUAUUGACGUAUGAUAGUGAGCGCAAAGUAUCGAUUAAACCAACUUUCGAAAAAUUACCUAUUAUUAGUUACAUAAAUCCUUUUACCAAUAACUAUUCUGCUCAAGUGGUAUCAGCUCAGAGUCAAUGGUUUCCAAAUAAAUUGAUGGAUCUAAAUAGAUACAAAUUAAACAUACCCAUUCAACCUGCUAAAGUUACAUCUGUACAAGAAUACAACAAGUUAAUUAAAUUGGUUAAAAUUUUAGAACAAGAGAUGAAUUUUGAACCUAUUAUAAUACCAUGCCCAAAUAUGAUUGAUAUACGCUCAACAAAUAUUCAUGAUAUUGCGCUGGGAUAUGAAUUGAAUAGGAAACAACAGGUUACAGUAGAUGCAGAUAUAAUUUUCAGUGGCCAAAAAAAUUGUAUGUAUAUUAAAUGGUUUAAUGGUGAGAAUAUGCAAAUUCUUGAGUUCAUUAGUGCAAAAGUUAUUAUUCCACGAAAUGCAAAAGUUGCCAAUAAAAUACAACUUUCAUCAGAAUUUUGGAACAUGAUUCUGACAACAAUUGGAAUAGUUGCAGUAAUACGUAUAACGGCAUAUUUAUUUAAAUUCAAUUGGCAAACUUUAAAUAUCAGUCAAAUUAUAAUUGGAAUGGGUACUGGGAAUGAACCCCAAAAUUGGUCAGAAAGAAUAAUUUUUGGCUCACUCUUAAUUGCAUGCCUUGCCUAUACAAGUUACUUCUUCACCAUAAUUUUGGAUAUCAGUUUUCGAACUGCUAAUGAAAUUUCAACAAUCGAUGAACUUCUUAAAUUAUAUUUGCCAACAGUUAUAAGUUACGAUGCUUAUGGAACACUUGCUUCCUUUGAGAAUUCUAGUGUUCUACAAUUUUUAAACAAAGAGUAUCGUUAUAUAAAUCACGAACUCAGAGUAGAAGCAAAAUGUCUGAAAUAUUUGGCAGACCAUCAGAAUAUAACUUGUAUCAUUCAUGAAGCUAUUAAACACAUUAAUACAUAUGAAUCUAAGUACGGAAAAACAAAUAAGUUUAAAGUAUUGAAAGAUGAUCUUAAGUAUGGCACGAAUAGUUUCGAAGUAAAAGAAUAUUCACCAUUUAUCGAACGUUUUAAUGAAAUAAUUCUAAGAGCUUCAGAAUUUGGAUUAAUUAAAGAUUUUUAUGAACCUAUUGUACGUCCACUAAUUGAUAAUUUGGAACCUGAACUGAUUACAAAAGAAAAACUCCUACCCAUAUUAUUUGGUGUACUAAUCACUGGAUACUCUCUUUCGAUAAUUGUUUUUCUCCUCGAAAUAAUUACUGACAAGAUAAGAAGAAAAUUUUUCGACAAGCCAAGAUUUCGAUUUAUACUCUAGGAAGAUAUCAGUGUUACUUUUUAUCUGAUAAUAUGAGAAAAAAACAUCUUUUAGUGGAUAAAGUCAUCAAUGAAAUGGAGAAUAUACAUUAUCUACAGUUAACUUAACAAUUAUUGAAGAAUAUAAAAAAUGGACAUCCGCUUUAUGAUGAACUACCCCAAAGGGAAAAAUAUGAAAUUCAAAGGAAUUCCAAAACGUCUUUUGGAUCAUUUUUGAAUCUUACAUCUUGUUCAAAUCAGAUUAAAAUAUAUUUGUAUUAACUGCUAUCGAUUAAUGUGAUGUUAAAAUUUUUAUCGUAUACUUAUUGACCAAACUAAAUUAAUAGCAAACAUUUACUACAUUUACAUUUAUCAAAAAUGACGUUCUAUUGAUAAAAUUCAAUUUUUUAAUUCCUUUUGUUUUUUCCGCUAUUGAAAAACUCCAUAUAGUAUCCUAUAUAGGAUCCGAUAAA